CCAUUCCCCACUCUUUCGCCCAACUCUGCGCAUUUCCUCCCCACGCAUCACAUCCCAUCCCCACCACCGCAGCCCCUACGCCAUGGCCGACUCCGCCCAGCCCAGCUGCCCAACCUUCAAGCUCGUGCUCGUCGGUGACGGUGGUACAGGAAAGACGACCUUCGUCAAGCGCCACUUGACCGGAGAAUUCGAGAAGAAGUACAUUGCGACGCUCGGUGUCGAAGUCCACCCGCUCGCCUUCACCACCAACCUCGGCCAGAUCCAGUUUGACGUCUGGGACACCGCAGGCCAGGAGAAGUUUGGCGGUCUCCGUGAUGGGUACUACAUCAACGGCCAGUGCGGUAUCAUCAUGUUCGACGUGACGUCGCGCAUCACAUACAAGAACGUCCCCAACUGGCACCGUGACCUGGUCCGUGUCUGCGAAAACAUCCCCAUCGUCCUGACCGGCAACAAGGUCGACGUCAAGGAGCGCAAGGUCAAGGCAAAGUCCAUCACUUUCCACCGAAAGAAGAACCUCCAGUACUACGACAUCUCGGCCAAGUCCAACUACAACUUCGAGAAGCCCUUCCUCUGGCUCGCCAGGAAACUGGUCGGCAACCAGUCUCUCGACUUUGUCGCCGCCCCUGCUCUUGCGCCUCCCGAGGUCCAGGUUGACCAGGCCGUCCUCGACCAGUACCGACAGGAGAUGGAGAACGCCGCCCAGAUGCCUCUGCCCGACGAGGACGACGCCGACUUGUAGAUAGGGUCAUGAGCUUGCUCCUGGCCAUGGCUGGGACUAUAAUGGGUACACGAAAUCGAAUUGGAACAUGGGAAUGGAUGGUUAGGGAACCGCAAAAUUUGCAGCUCUAGGAGCUCCAAACAUUGCUAGCAAACACGGAGGUGCGACGAGGGGUUCUGCAGAAAUGACUACUACAUGAAGCGCUGGAUUAGCCGGCGUUUCGACGAAUGAGUAAACACUAGACUCUUACCACGUCCAGCGCGGAUCAAAAUUGUCAAUGCUGUGUUU